UAUCUCCUCUCCAGCUUCAGAUCCUGUCUAAAUUCAAAGACACAAAUCAGCAAAAGGAACACACACGCACAGAGGAAGUGAAAAGGCAAAUGAAGAAGACAAAGUACGGAGAUACAUCACCUGCCAGAGAUUUAGAUUGAGUUUAUUAGUCUCCCAGAACCUCGGCGAACCUACUAUGGAGCUUCCAUUACUCUCUUACAGCAACUCAGCCAAGUUUUCUCGGACAGGCUUAUGCUCUUCCUCUUCCUCCUCCUCAUCUAAUACUAAUGACUUCCUAGAGAAACGAAGGAGCUUGCGAAUGAGAUUCAAUGGUGGACAAAAGCCAGGAAGCGUUAAAGCUUCCGCUGGACGAAGCAGCGAAGGGAUCGAGAAGACAGACGGUGGAGGAGGAGGAGCAAGACAGUUCGCCGGUCCUUCCAUGGAGGUCACUACACUUGAUCGUGGCUUUGCUAACUCCACGACCGUUGAUUUUCAGGUCUGGGACAAGAUCGGCGCCGUUGUUAGACUUACUUACGGGAUCGGAAUAUAUGGAGCAAUGGCUGUAGCAGGAAGGUUCAUAUGUUCAGUGACUGGGGUUGACUCAUCUGGUGGGUUUGAUCCUUCUCUUGAUGCACUUCUAGCUGGACUUGGCUAUGCUACACCACCUAUCAUGGCUCUUCUCUUUAUACUCGAUGAUGAAGUUGUGAAACUUUCACCACACGCAAGGGCUAUUAGAGAUGUGGAAGAUGAGGAACUAAGAAGUUUCUUCUUUGGAAUGUCGCCAUGGCAGUUUAUACUUAUUGUUGUGGCCAGUUCCAUAGGAGAAGAGCUCUUUUACCGUGUUGCUGUACAGGGUGCUCUGUCUGAUAUGUUCUUGAGAGGAACACAACUGAUGACAGAUUCUAGAGGCAUGGCAGCUCUGACCGGGGUCUUUCCUCCAUUUGUACCAUUUGCUCAAGCGUUUGCAGCUGUGAUCACAGCGACACUCACAGGCUCCCUCUACUUUUUUGCUGCUUCUCCAAAAGACCCGAUAUACAUUGUUGCCCCGGUUCUAAGGUCACGCCGCGAUGAUUUUAAGAAGCUUUUGUCAGCUUGGUACGAGAAGAGACAGAUGAAGAAGAUUUACUCUCCCCUCCUUGAAGGACUCUUAGCUCUCUACCUUGGUAUUGAAUGGGUUCAGACGGAUAAUAUUUUGGCGCCCAUGAUGACCCAUGGUAUAUACUCGGCGGUAAUAUUAGGGCAUGGGCUGUGUAAAAUUCACGAUCACCGUAGAAGAUUACGUCGGAGAAUUGAACGAAUUAAUUCGGAGAGUGGAGACCACUGAUGAGCAGCUUUAAAUCAUCUAUAGAUUUUUAAUUGGUUGGGGUGGAUUUGUGUAUAUUGUUUUGGUAUGGGGUCGUAUAGUAAUUAGAAAAGUUAGGUAGGGCCUCUUCCAUAAAAUUUAAACAGAUGCUGCAUUAUACAGUCGAGAACUCACUAUAUAUAUAUAUGUAUAUACACAUAAGCUUGUAUUUGUUAGGUUUAAGAACAAUCUCUCUUAAGCUUUCUUUAUCUUCAACUCAUGUUUGUUUGAAUAGAAAAAAGCAAGAAAUCAGAUGGGAGAGUGAGGGAGACUGAAGAACAGAACAAGAGUGCAGGAACACUGAUAAGUUUGAGAUAGUAACUUCUUUCCCUCGCUUAUCUAAAAGAAUAAUCUAUACUAUUAUUUGC